CUGCCAUGGAGGUGAUGAACCUGAUCGAACAGCCCAUCAAGGUGACCGAGUGGCAGCAGACCUAUACCUACGACUCGGGCAUCCACUCGGGUGCCAAUACCUGCGUGCCCUCUGUCUGCAGCAAGGGCGUCAUGGAGGAGGACGAGGCCUGCGGGCGCCAGUAUACUCUCAAGAAGACCACGACAUACACCCAGGGGGUGCCCCAGAGCCAAGGUGACCUGGAGUACCAGAUGUCCACCACCGCCAGAGCGAAGCGGGUGCGAGAGGCCAUGUGCCCCGGCGUGAACGGUGAGGACAGCUCGCUGCUGCUGACCACGCAGGUGGACGGGCAGAGCACCAACCUGCAGCGACUGGCCGAGCCGUCACAGCUGCUCAAGUCUGCCAUCGUGCACCUGAUCAACUACCAGGAUGAUGCCGAGCUGGCCACGCGCGCCCUGCCUGAGCUCACCAAACUCCUCAACGACGAGGACCCGGUGGUGGUGACCAAGGCUGCCAUGAUUGUGAACCAGCUGUCCAAGAAGGAGGCGUCGAGGCGCGCGCUUAUGGGCUCCCCGCAGCUGGUGGCUGCCGUGGUGCGCACCAUGCAGAACACCAGCGACCUGGACACGGCUCGCUGCACCACCAGCAUCCUGCACAACCUCUCCCACCACCGCGAGGGGCUACUGGCCAUCUUCAAGUCGGGCGGCAUCCCCGCACUGGUCCGCAUGCUCAGCUCCCCUGUGGAGUCUGUCCUGUUCUACGCCAUCACUACGCUGCACAACCUGCUACUCUACCAGGAGGGCGCCAAGAUGGCUGUGCGCCUGGCGGACGGGCUGCAGAAGAUGGUGCCUCUGCUCAAUAAGAACAACCCCAAGUUCCUGGCCAUCACCACCGACUGCCUGCAGCUCCUGGCCUACGGCAACCAGGAGAGCAAGCUCAUCAUCCUGGCCAACAGCGGCCCCCAGGCACUGGUGCAGAUCAUGCGCAACUACAGCUACGAGAAGCUGCUCUGGACCACCAGUCGCGUGCUCAAGGUGCUGUCCGUGUGUCCCAGCAAUAAACCUGCCAUUGUGGAGGCCGGUGGGAUGCAGGCCCUGGGCAAACAUCUGACGAGCAACAGCCCUCGCCUUGUGCAGAACUGCCUUUGGACGCUGCGCAACCUCUCAGACGUGGCCACCAAACAGGAGGGCCUGGAGAGUGUGCUGAAGAUCUUGGUGAACCAGCUGAGUGUGGACGACGUGAACGUGCUCACCUGCACCACGGGCACUCUGUCCAACCUGACGUGUAACAACAGCAAAAACAAAACGCUGGUGACUCAGAACAGCGGCGUGGAGGCGCUCAUCCACGCCAUCAUGCGUGCGGGCGACAAGGACGACAUCACUGAGCCCGCCGUCUGUGCCCUGCGCCACCUCACUAGCCGCCACCCCGAGGCAGAGAUGGCCCAGAACUCCGUGCGCCUCAACUACGGCAUCCCGGCCAUCGUCAAGCUGCUCAACCAACCCGGCCAGUGGCCGCUGGUCAAGGCAACCAUUGGCCUGAUCAGGAACCUGGCCCUGUGCCCAGCCAACCAUGCCCCACUUCAGGAGGCCGCAGUCAUCCCCCGACUGGUCCAACUGCUGGUUAAGGCCCACCAGGAUGCCCAGCGCCAUGUGGCUGCAGGCACACAGCAGCCCUACACGGAUGGCGUAAGGAUGGAGGAGAUUGUGGAGGGCUGCACUGGGGCCUUGCACAUUCUUGCCCGGGACCCCAUGAACCGCAUGGAGAUUUUCCGACUGAACACCAUCCCCCUGUUUGUCCAGCUCCUGUACUCCUCCGUGGAGAACAUCCAGCGUGUGGCAGCCGGUGUACUGUGUGAGCUGGCCCAGGACAAGGAGGCGGCUGACGCCAUCGAUGCUGAGGGCGCGUCGGCACCACUCAUGGAGCUGCUGCACUCUCACAAUGAGGGCACAGCCACCUAUGCUGCCGCUGUGCUGUUCCGUGUCUCCGAGGACAAGAACCCAGAUUACAGGAAGCGCGUGUCUGUGGAGCUCACCAACUCGCUCUUCAAGCAUGACCCAGCUGCCUGGGAAGCUGCCCAGAGCAUGAUCCCCAUCAACGAACCCUAUGCAGAUGACAUGGACGCCACCUACCGCCCCAUGUACUCGAGCGAUGUGCCCCUGGACCCAUUGGACAUGCACAUGGACAUGGACGGCGACUACCCCAUCGACGCCUACAGUGAUGGCCUCAGGCCCGCCUAUGUGGCCGGCGACCACAUGUUGCCUUAGCCACUGCCCAGUGCACUCAGCAGGCACUUUCUUUUCUCCCACCGCCUCUUUUCUUAGGGGCCCCUGAAUCCUGUUUUGGGAGAGACAUCAUGAGGCCUGUUGUAUCUUGGCUCACGGGGGGACUUGUGGGAGUAGGUCUAGCCUGGGGGGGACAGUCCUCUCUGUCCCUCCUCCUCUGAGAGGGUCUCCCAGAGACAAAAGUGCCUGAACUGGGGAGCAGAGACCCCCUACCCCGCCCUACCCUUGGCCUCUAGGGGCCUCCUAGGGCCUUGUCAGCUCCCAGCUCCUGCCUUUUUGUUCUGGCCUGGGGUUCUGCACCCUACACUCCUCCAGCCCCUGGCCCAGGCCACCAAAGCUUUAGACUUGAGUGCUCAUUCUGUCCGCAGCUCCCAGAACCUCCCCCCUGCACUGCCUGCCUCCCAGGGCCUUGGUUUUUACUCUGGAUCUUCUCAGUAAACUUCCCCAUCUGACCACUUAGGCUGAACUUCCAAAAUCCAAAACUUGUCUUGUAAACUUCAGGGACCAUCCAGGAACGGGAAGGUGGACACACACAUACACACACAAACACCCAUACACACACACACACUCAUAUAUAGUCACAAACAUUCACACACACACAUACACACACACACAGUCUUCCCCACACCAGGACAUGAAGCCUGUGUCUAGAGGACACAGUCAGACGGGGUCCCCUCCGGGGAGUUCUGGAGACAGUUCUCCAUCCCCCUUACCACAGCUAACCUAGCUGCCCCCUGAGAAGUGCUCUUGGCUGACCCCUCUGGUGUGUGGUGAGGGUUUUAUCUUCCCCUCCUGUUUCAAACUCCCCCCAGUGAGUGUGGGGGAGGGAUCCUGCAGAGUUUUAUUAUUAUGCUUUAUGUUUUUUGGUUAUUGGUUUUUUUUUGUAUAGACCAAAGCAAAAAUAAAUAAAUAAAAAAUAAAAAAUA